AUGUCCGGACGUCCCCAGCAGAUUCGCCCCUCCGCCAUGAACAUGGACGGCUCCGCCGACGGUCGCUCUUCCUCCCGCGGCCCCGGCAGCCCUGGCCGCUCUCGUUCUGGCUCCCAGACCAACCCCUUCGGCCCUUCCAUGGGCUUCGACCCUGCCAAGCCCACCGGCGGCGCCCAGGAGAAGGACCAGGGCAACACCCGCAUCGACCUCCCGGCGGAGGCGUACACAGUCGGCGCUGAUAGCAAGAACGCCGGUGGAGUGCCCUUCGCCAAGCGCCCUGGCUACAACACCUCUGGCAAGGCCUGCAACCUCGAGGUCAACCAGUACCGCGUCAAGUCCUGGAACGACAAGAUGUCUAUCUACCAGUACGAUGUCUCCAUCACGCCCGUCCCCCUCAAGUACAACGUCGUUUUCCAGAAGUGCUGGAACCACCCUGCCGUCAAGGCUAUGCUCAACAAGUACAAGACCCUUUGGCUCUGCGAUGGUCGCAAGCUUGCUUGGAGCUCUAUGCCGAUCAACCGCGGUGAAGAGCGUCUCAAGAUCGACCUCGACGAGGGUCUCCCUCCUCCGAAGAACGGCAAGCCUCGUCGCGACAACAGUUUCUUCUUCGUCAUGCGCCAGACCAAGGAGGUUCACCUCGCUGCUCUCGAGGCGUAUCUGGCCGGCAAGAUGGACUGGGACAACUCUGUUCUCGAGGCGAUGAACUUCCUGGACCACCUCGUCCGCCAAGGCCCGUCUGAGCGUCUGCUGUCGAUCAAGCGCAACUUCUACAACGAGAGGGCCAAGAAGUCGUUCGACCUCGGUGGUUGCAUUGAGCUCGUCAAGGGUGUUUACGCGUCUAUUCGCAUGAACCAGUCCUUCAGCGGUAGCAUCGGAAGAGGACUUGGCAUGAACGUCGACGUCGCGAACACUGCCUUCUGGAAGGGUGGCAUGCCCAUGCACAUGUUCGUCAAGGACUUCCUUGCCACUUGCGAUCGGAGAUGGAGCGGUCUUGACCCCAACGGCAUCGCCAAGCUUCUUGCCCCUGUCCGCCAGACUGACAAGAACGGACGCGUCCAGCUCACCAUGUCGGAGGCAUUCAAGCACCUGCGCAAGCUGGCGAAGAUUCGUUUCACUCCCAAGCACCGUGGUAAGGAGAACUGGGACAAGAUCUACCUGAUCAAGUCCAUCGCAUUCGGUUCUGAGUACGGCGACAAGGGUGCCACCGCGGAGAACGUCAGGUUCUUGAACAACGGCGAGGAGAUGAACGUCGUCGAGUACUUCAUGAAGACGUACACCUAUAAGGUCCAGUUCCCCAACUGGCCUCUGGUCGAGACGCAGCGGGCUGGUUUCUUCCCCAUGGAGGUUUGCAUGAUCAAGCCCAUGCAGCGCUACCCGUUCAAGCUGGACCCUGACCAGACUGCUGCCAUGAUCAAGGGUGCAGUCACGCGUCCCAACGUGCGCAAGGCUGACAUCAACGACGCCAAGAACCAGCUCGCCUGGGGUCAGGACCCUUACCUCAAGCAGUACGGUGUCGUCUUUGACACCCAGAUGGCCAAGACGACCGGCAGCCUCCUCGAGCCGCCCAAGAUCCAGUAUGCGAACAACGUUAUUAGCCCCAUGUUCGCGGGCCGCUGGGACUUGCGCGGAAAGAAGUUCUGGGUCGGCAACCGUGCCCCUCUUCAGUCCUGGGGUAUUCUGAUCCUCGAGAACGCCACCAACAAGAACGCCGCCGGACAGUUCGUCCAGAUGUUCAAGCAGACUUAUACAGGUCAUGGUGGCAAGAUCCUCAAGGACGCCGUCGUUAUUGACUCGGAGGCGCGCAACAACAACGUUGCUGACGCCGUUGCCAGGGGCUAUAUGCAGAUCAAGAAGGUCACCGGCAUGACCCCUCAGCUGAUCUUCUGCGUCCUUCGCUUCAACAACGCCGGAUCCUACGAACGUAUCAAGAAGUCGGCCGACUGCCGCUUCGGUGUCCUCACCCAGUGUGUAUUGGCCCGUCACGUCGAGAAGAACCAGGGACAGUACCACUCCAACGUGGCCAUGAAGGUCAACGCCAAGCUUGGCGGCAUCACCUGCCGCAUCCCUCACCCUUCCGGCCCCAACAACAAGGCCCCUGCCUUCUUCAAGGAAGUCACGAUGAUGAUUGGUGCUGAUGUUUCCCACGCGACCCCCGGUAUCGACGCUCCUUCCAUGGCCACCAUGACCAUGUCCAUGGACAACGACGCCACCUUCUACGCCGCGGCCGUCGAAACCAAUGGCUACCGUGUCGAGAUGCUUUCGCCUCUCAACACCCGCAACUUCCUGGCUCGUCUUAUGCCUACCUGGCAUAAGCGCAUGAACCACCCCGCCCCCCCUCCUCACAUCAUCUACUUCCGUGAUGGUGUCUCUGAGGGCCAGUACGCGCAGGUUCUGGAGUACGAGAUUGGUGCCAUGAAGGAGAUCUUCAAGAGCAAGUACCCGGGCGCCAAGCAGCCCAAGUUCACGGUCAUCGUCGCUACCAAGCGUCACCACAUCCGCUUCUUCCCGCAGCAGGGCGACAAGAAUGGCAACCCCUUGCCUGGCACCCUUCUCGAGAAGGAGGUCUGCCACCCCUUCUGGUGGGACUUCUACCUCUGCAGCCAUGUGGCGAUCCAGGGAACGGCCCGCCCGGUCCACUACACCGUCCUCAUGGACGAGGCCAAGAUGUCGUCCAACGACCUGCAGAAGAUGAUCUACGGCCAGUGCUACCAGUACGCUCGCAGCACCACCCCCGUCUCUCUUCACCCGGCCAUCUACUACGCCGAUCUUGCUGCCGGCCGCGCUCGUGCGCACGAGAACAUCGCCACCUCGCAAGGCUUCCGCUCCGGCCCGAAGGCGGCGGAGAUGGUGGAGGAGUACGGCGCUCGCGGUCAGAGCAUGUUCGAGGGCGACCGUCCCACCGAGGCUCUUCAGCUUCUGCCUCUGGGCGGAUCCCCUGGCGAGGCCGACCCCGCCAGCACCGAGAUGUUCAAGAACACCAUGUGGUACAUCUAG